AUGUGGCUUUCUGAAAUUCAAUACAUUUUAAUUUCAUGCGUAGUUGUACAAAUCCAGUCGGAAAAGGAAACAUUUCAAUGCAAACCUAAACCAGAAUGUAGAAAUGGAGAUUGUAAAAACGAACCCAUGAGAUUGAACGAUCCUAGUUUUGACAUUGAAUCAUAUCUGCAAAUGAAAGAGUUUCCCAUCAGUUGUGAACGUGAACGAAAAAAUGUGGAUAAUUUUGAAUCUAGAAUUCUUCAACUUGAAAACGAAGUGGGCAGUUUAAAAAAAGAAAUAAAACAAUCGAAUGCAGCUAUGAAAUUUGCACUUGCAGUAAUUGCUGAGAGAUUGAAAUCAAUAUCACAACCCGCUUCUAGAUUGCUUGUUGCGCGAUCUGGAAAAAAGGAGAAGACAGGAUGUGACCGUCCGCCUCCAAUUCCAUAUGGGAAGUUAAAUUGUACAGAUAGAAGUUAUUCCAUUGGAUCCAACUGCAGUGUUGCUUGUACACAAAAUCAUAUCUUAGAGGGAGAAACUGAUAUCGUCUGUAUGAACAAUUCACAAUGGUCAAGUGCAUUUGGGAGAUGCAAUUGUCAAGAAUGUGAAACUGGCGAAUAUUGCGAACAAACUACAUCUUGGAUUCAAUUCAAAUCGAGAAUAAUGCAAAAAGAAGGACAAAUGACCGAUGUUCAAUUUCUGGAAUACUAUGCCGAGCAUCAGAUAAAUUGUUCAUCGUGGGAUGCCUGGCACGAUCGAAACUGCGGCUGCACGGACAUGGAGACUGGGCAUAUAGUUACCUGUUUAGGAUAUUCAAGAAGAGAAGUUGCUUGUGAACAUGCAGGUGCUGAAAUGAUUAGGCAAAUGAUAAAAAAAAACAUAUACCCAACACCGUGUGAUCUACACAAGAUGACGAAGGGAUGCUAGUUAAUAUCAUUAUCGUUGCGAUUUAUUGAUGUUUUUCUACACUAACCGAAAAACACUU